AUGGCUCUUACAGAAAAGUCAUGCCUUCGGAUUCGUCUGACGUUGUAUGUGCUGUUCAUUGUGUCCUACGCAGUGGGUGUUGUUGUGUUCAUAAAGCACUUCAAAAAUUAUUGGGCGGGAGCUGGAUUUUUACUGGCCUGCGUCUUAAUUGCCCUGACGGCGCUCAUGCACAUUGUCCAAGCGGAAACGCUUUGUAAGCGUUUUUCGCCGGGAAGCAAGAGCCGUGUUCUCUUCCAGUCAGUUGUACUGACAGGCACCUUGGGCCUUCUUGGCGUUGCGAUGUAUUUGUUGGCUCGAGGCCUCAUGCUGAGGCAGCGGUGGACGGGGGAGUCGCACUUCUGUUCAUUUAUUGCCUUUGCGAACGCCGCAAAGUGGUGCUGCUUAAUCGGCUACCGCUUGCACAAUGCGCGCAUAGCUCCGGACGCCGUCGAGGAGAGGCUUGCGGAGGAGAAGCUGAAUCUUUUCGAGGAUUUGCAGGACGACUUGUCCACGGAGGAGAAAAAAAAUGGUUGUGUAGAGUGA